AUGGCGGCGGCAGCGGGAGCGGCGACCCGGCCGGCGCUGGUGGUGAGGGCGCUCGUGGCGGCGCUGAUGAUGCUGGGCUCGGAGGCGGUGUGGCUCGACCUGCCCCCCACGGGAACCAAGUGCGUCUCCGAGGAGAUCCAGCCCAACGUGGUGGUGGUCGCGGACUACAUGCUCAUGUACGAGGCCCACGCCACCGCCCACCCCACCGUCGCCGUCAAGGUUACCUCACCAUAUGGCAAUACUGUACAUCAGAAAGAAAAUGCCACAGUGGGCCAAUUUGCAUUUACAACUUCAGAAGCUGGAAACUACCUUGCUUGCUUCUGGCUAGACAGCGCAGAGAAAGGAUCAGGAGUAUCUCUGAAUCUUGAUUGGAAGAUAGGGAUUGCGACAAAGGACUGGGACUCUGUUGCCAAGAAGGAGAAAAUUGAGGGUGUUGAAUUAGAGCUCGCGAAACUUGAAGCUGCAGUGGAAUCUAUUCAUCAUAACUUAUUAUAUCUCAAAGCAAGGGAAGCGGAGAUGCGGGAAGUGAGUGAGAAAACAAAUUCUAGGGUUGCGUGGUUCAGCAUCUUGUCUCUGGGCGUGUGCGUUGUGGUCUCCGCUCUGCAGUUAUGGCAUUUGCAAGGCUUCUUCCAGAAGAAGAAACUCAUCUGA